AUGUCACAAAGCCAUGCUCUUUCCGACGAUCAGGUCGCGGGCGAGCUCCGCAAGAUGACGGCCUUCAUCCGCCAAGAAGCGCUGGAGAAGGCUCGUGAAAUCGAACUGAAGGCCGACGAAGAAUUCGCCAUUGAGAAGUCGAAGCUUGUCCGCCAGGAAACCGCCGCUAUCGACUCUUUGUACGAGAAGAAGUUCAAGCAGGCUGCCAUGUCCCAACAAAUUACCCGCUCUACCCUUUCAAAUCGUACUCGUCUUCGUGUUCUUUCCGCUCGUCAGGAACUCCUCGAUGAGCUGUUCCAGCAGGCUCGCGAUAAGAUCUCCGGCAUCGCAGCCAAGGAUGCUAAGAAGUACGAAUCCGUGCUGCAGGGAUUGAUCCUCGAGGGCUUGUACGCUCUCAACGAGGAGAAUGUGGCCAUUCGUGUGAGACAGAAGGACUCCGAAGCUGCAAAGAAGGCGAUCGAGGGAGCCACGAAGGAAUUCAAAGACAAGGUUGGCAGAGACGUUACGGUGGAGAUAGAUGAAUCCGAGCCUUUGCCGGAGGGAUCUGCCGGAGGUGUGGUCAUUGUUGGUGGUAACGGUAAGAUCGAGAUUAGCAACACUUUUGAAGAGCGCCUGCGGUUGCUCGAGAUCGAUGGUCUUCCCGCCGUGAGGGAGACACUGUUCGGGAAGAACGUAAACCGGAAGUUCUACGAUUAG